AUGGGUAGGAAGAAUGCCUAUGACUAUAGAAAGAAUCGUAGGAAAAGCCUGCGUAAAAAAAAGAAACGUUUCAUUAUUCAGAAUUCAAUCAUCAGGAAGUCAUGGAAUGACCGUCUCUCUAUCAGGGCGAAUUUUAACCGAAUUGGAUUGGUCUUUGAUCCAAAUGAAAGCACUUGCAACACAGGUCGAAAGGAUGAGGUUGAGGGACUAGCUGACCCAAAUGUUAUAAGAGAAUUAAAAAACGUGAGAAAGUCUAAGAGAAAACGCGAGAAAUUUAUUUCGGAAGACGACAGAAUAUUUUGCAUAUAUCUACUGGAGCUCUAUGGCGAGGACUAUGGUGCUAUGUGCCGCGACUCAAGGAACGUUUACCAGCUGACCCCAACCCAGAUCGAAAGAAUGAUAAGGAUUUUCAGAGAGUCCAAGUAUUAUCCGCGGUAUUUAAAGGAUAAAUCCGACAACAAUCUCCAUGUUUUAGAGCUGUAUGAAUGA